AUGGCACUUGUCGAUGAGCUCAUUGACGAUGGACGCCUUCUGAUGAAGAAAUGGGAGGAGGUCGAGACCCAGUUGGCGGUGAUGGUAACUGACAAAAUACUGUCCGAGCCAACGGGCCAGUCACCCUCCUUUGACUCCUCGGAAAUGGUUAGGGGGCACCGGGUAAUGAGGUGCGACGAUGAGUUCUCGCGGGACUUCCUGGCGGAUUGUGUUGCCAGACUAGGCAACGCAUGGAAGGGGAUAAGCAUUAAGCUGGUCCCCGGCAAGGACAUCCCAAGGAGACCCAGAGCUCGCAUUUGGUUGCCCAAGGGGCUGUCUAGCCAUGAAAGGGUGCUCAAGACUCUGCGAGCGGAGAACAAGGGAGUCGAUAUGGAGGACUGGGCCAUUCUCAAAGCUCAACGGGAAAUGAAGUCCAGCCAGCCAUAUCUGUUCUUGAUAAACCAGCGCUGCCUAUAA